AUGACUGAUUCAAAUAUGACUAAUGCCAACGUUAAUGGAUGGUUAGUUUUAUUCAAUAUACCUAACACACUAUGUUGGCUUCGUAUUGUACUUUUGUUUGUUAGUAUUCGAUAUUUCGGUCAACGAAAUUACUUAUUAUUUAUUAUUUAUAAUACCGUAUCUGGUUUUCUUGAUUCACUUGAUGGUAUAUUAGCACGUCAUUUAAAUCAAAAAUCAAUAGUUGGUGGAUAUUUUGAAUUCAUAUUAGAUACAUAUUCACAUUUUGUAAUGUAUGCAUGUGUUGGAUUACUUUAUCCAUCAUAUAUAGUUUAUUUUUAUAUUGAAAUUGCACUUGAAUUAUGGAAUAUAAUGUUCGAUUGUCAUAUACAUUCAUUAUCAAAAUCAAAUCUCUCAUGGUUACAUAAAACCACAUUUUUAUCAACAACAUGUUCAGUAUCAAUUUAUCAUCAUCCAAAUCUUCGACUAUUGAAUUGGUAUGGACCAGAUAUAUUUCAUACGGUAUUAGUGCUACGUUAUAUUCUAAUUAAUGAUAACAAUAAAAAAUUAAUUCGAUAUAUUCAACGUUAUUUUACGCUAAAUCAGAUUUAUUUAUUUAUUAAAAUUAUACUUUUUUUUACUGGAUUUUUUUCGAUAUUACGUACAAGUGUUGCUUCUUGUUUUCUGUUUGACAAAGUACAUAAAAUGGCUGGAGCCAAAUAA